UGUCCUGAACCGCACUCCUCCCAGCCUCAUCCAGGAGAUCAUUUUGGUAGAUGACUUCAGCUCAGAUCCUGAGGACUGCCAGCUCCUCACCAAGAUCCCAAAGGUCAAGUGUCUACGCAACACCCGGCGAGAAGGGCUGAUUCGCUCUCGGGUGCGAGGAGCCGAAGUGGCUACCGCUGACAUCCUCACCUUCUUGGACAGUCACUGUGAAGUCAACAGUGAGUGGCUGCAGCCAAUGCUUCAGAGAGUAAAAGAGGAUUAUACCCGAGUAGUGAGUCCAAUCAUUGAUGUUAUCAGCCUGGAUAAUUUUGCCUACCUGGCAGCAUCAGCAGAUCUGAGGGGAGGGUUUGACUGGAGCCUUCACUUUAAAUGGGAGCAGAUUCCGAUAGAGCAGAAGAUGUCCAGAACAGACCCAACUCAGUCUAUAAGAACCCCUGUCAUAGCAGGAGGCAUCUUUGUGAUCGAUAAGUCCUGGUUUAACCACCUGGGAAAAUAUGAUACACAAAUGGACAUCUGGGGAGGAGAAAAUUUUGAGCUCUCUUUCCGAGUGUGGAUGUGCGGUGGCAGCUUGGAGAUCGUUCCCUGCAGUCGAGUGGGACACGUGUUCAGGAAGCGCCAUCCCUAUGACUUCCCUGAGGGCAAUGCACUGACUUACAUCAAGAACACCAAGCGCACAGCAGAGGUGUGGAUGGAUGAAUACAAGCAGUACUACUACGAGGCCCGGCCAUCAGCCAUUGGGAAGUUGUUUGGAAGUGUUGCAGACCGAGUGGAGCAGCGACGCAAACUGAACUGCAAAUCCUUCCAGUGGUACCUGGAGAACGUCUACCCUGAGCUCAAGGUUCCUGAAAAGGAGCUGAUUCCAGGAAUAAUUAAACAAGGGGGAAGCUGCCUGGAGUCUCAGGCACAGGAUACCACAGGGAAUACUUUGGCUGGCAUGGGAAUCUGUAAAGGAACAGUGAACAAUCCACCUGUCACUCAGGAGUGGGUAUUCAGUGACCCUCUAAUUAGACAGCAGGACAAGUGUCUUUCCAUUACCUCCUUCUCUACUGGCUCUCACAUCACACUGGAAGCCUGCAAUCAGAAAGACGGCAGACAGGACACGAGUCUUUUUGCCAUCCGGCACAAG